UAUGAUGUCUACAGCCGUCAAUCUUCACAUCUUAAUCCGGAAAAUCGUCACCCUCUCAGUAUGUGUCACAAGAGCCAAAUAAUCCCUGGCAUUGUCUUCAGGGAUAAGGAUAUGUCUGGUUUUACCUCCAACCGUUUACCUCCAAACGCCGCUCUAGCAUCUCGAACUGCUGCGCCCGUAUAUAACACAAACCCUCGGCCGGUAGGCCAGAGCAGGCCUUUUAACGGGUUUAUUCCCAUACAACACAGUUAUGUGCCUCUACAGAACAGUUUCCUGCAGCCAAAUCCGCUGAUGGCUCCACCCAGCAUGCACUUUGUACCAAUGAGCCAUCAAAAUAUUCAACCGCUUACACAGAACAUUGAAGCACGUCCACACAUACCUGGACAGACUAAUUUUGUACCAGAAGUUAUGCUGCCUAAUGGCAUGAAAAUGUGUCCUGUUGGAUUACUGAAUGGAGAGCUGUUGUACAAAGUCACAACUCCGAAAUUUACGGCUCCUCUUCCAUCCACCAUCACCAAGCCAAAGAAGAAAACAAAAAAAGUAGAUGACCAAUACACGGAGCAAACGUAUGUCAAGAAGCCUCUAAAUGCUUUCAUGUUGUUCUCGAAAGAGCAUAGGCAAGCAGUCAAGGACAGGUCUGCUUCAACGAAUAUCGCAGUAAUAAAUGAGACCUUGGGAAAGAUGUGGCAUUUGCUACCAGAGGAGGAGAAAGCCAAGUACUACGAGCUGGCUGAAAAAGAGAAGCGACUGCACUCCCAGCAGCAUCCAGACUGGUCCUGUCGCCACAACUACGGCAAAAAAAGGUACAAUAAAAGAAUCCGGGACUUAACUAUCGGCAGUGUGCAAGCAACAUCGACAUCAGAAGUUCAGGAGGAAACAGGACAGGCAGAGAGUGACGACGAGGAAAGCCCCACUUCUUUGUCGGUGGAUUCAACAACUGAACAGUUCUCUUUGGAACAAAAAACCCCACCGUAAUUGUACAACUUAACCCAGCCCGUAUCCCUCCCCCAGACACCCAAACAAAUAUGUAUUCUUGCAAAGUAUUUAUUUUUGCUGUUUAAUCAUAAGCUUUUAUUUUAUGUACAGUGACAGUGGUCACAAAUUGUAGAAAACCAAAGUUUUAUUUUUGUAUGAGUAAA